CGGAAGUCCUUGUGUGAGUGUGGUAUUAGGCAAGACCCUUCACUAUCACGGGCUGCCCUCCGCCCUCUCGAGCCAUGAAGCUACUUCUCGGGACUCUUCUGUGGGUCUCGGCUGGCGCUGUCUUCCCGUCCAGCCUGCAGCCGCCUUUCCCGACAUGGGCAGCAGAAGAUGGUUACGAGGCAGUGCUGAGGCCAGACGUGCCGCCACCACUCCUUCCACGCUGUACACUCAUCGUCUUCACAGAUGAUGCUACUUCAUCUCUUGCUUUUCAACAGUUAUGGUCUGCUGGUAAAGAGAAGAGUGGCGGGGCAGUGUUUGCGAUGGAGACCAGCAAAGAGCACGGGACUAACUACACCCAAACUCUCAUUCCUUGGGUAGCCCGGGCACGUCAGCUAAGGAAAUUGUCCUGGUGCGUGACGGUGGUGGUGGUGAGUGAUGACUCAGCCUUUCUCGCUGCCUUUGGGGAGGUGUCUGACAAGAGCCGCCUGAUAGUGUGGGAGACCCGUCUGUUGGUGGUUACCAGGCUGGACGAAGAGAGUCUCCGCGGUCUCUUCACCUACUGGAACUUCUCCAUGAUGAAUGCAAUGACCCUCAAACUAAAAAGUUCAUCAGUGAGACAGGGGUGGGAUGCCUAUGUAUAUUUACCUUACACUCCAAACGGAGCUCAGGUGGUUCGAGUGGCCAGCUGGAAACGAAAUUACGGCUUGCUUCCUUCAGAUGACUAUAAACUGUUUCCUGAAAAAUAUAAAAAUUUCCACGGGGCGAGGGUAAACAUGACAGUGUUUCCAUUCGCACCAUACUGGAUGGAGGCCAAUUCCUUUCCCGAAGAAGACGCCAACGAAUCGCAUGGUUCCAAAAUUACGGGGAGGGACUACAUCAUCCUAGAAAAUAUAGCUCAGGGGCUCAAUUUCUCCAUUAACGUUCUUCCUUAUGGUGAAUGGGAUGAGGUAAUGAUGCGAUUAGAAGUCCGGACGGCCCUGAUGUCACCGCUAAAACUGGCCAUCCUUCCGAACCUUGUCAACAAAUACGACUUCUCAUUCUUCAUCGAGCGUGCCACUCUGGGAUUUAGUAUGUCCAAACCCACACUCAAGCCCAGCUGGCAAAGUCUUUACUACCCGCUGCAGACCGAGGUUUGGGUUUCUAUUCUGGCCACUGUCCUCAUGGUCUUCAGCGCUCUCCUUCUGAUGAUGAAGCACAGUGGGGAGAGUGAGAGCUACAGGGUGUGGCUGGUGGUGAAGCAGGUGGUGGGAACCCUUCUUGUUGAAACCAUUGCCGGGGAGCUGCCGCAAAGGAGCCCGACGCGGGUGGUGUUGGCGGCGUGGUUCAUCUUCGCCUUCAUCGUGGGAAAUGUUUACCGCGGCAACCUGACCGCCAGUCUCACCGUGCCCAAGUACCCGGCCCGCGCAGAGACCCUCGCCCAGCUGGUUGACGCAGGGGCCCUACUCACUACGCCACCCGACGCGGUAGACUUCAUUAACAACUUCAAGCAAUCGGACUCAAAGCUGUUUCAGACGGUGGCUGAGAGGACCAGUUUCGUUCCUUCUUAUGAGAUUGGAAUGAAGGAAAGCUUGAAGAACAACAAAGCUUAUUUGUACGAACGGCUGAACAUGAAGCUGAUGAUUGCUGAACAUUACACUGGCAAGGGAGGAUCAACGCCCCUCUACGUGGCGAAGCAGAACAUUUUGCCCAGCUACUGCGGCUGGCCACUGGCUCCCAACACACCAUUUAAGGCCAACCUUGAUCAGUACAUAUUGGCUUUUCAUGGGGCUGGACUAAUAGGAAGAUGGACUACAGAGAUUUUGGAAAGAGCACAGUUCAACAGUCAGCAGCGCCAGAGACAGGUGGCAGAAGAAAGCAGUGUUUCUACGGAGAAGGACGAGUCUGCCGGGGAUCGGGUAAACAGGGCCCUUACUCUGGUUCACAUGCAAGGCCCACUCUUCCUCUUUCUGGCAGGCACCUUGCUCUCCCUCGCUGCCUUCCUCGGCGAGAUCACCGUUACACUCUGCCAUAUGGAUCGUUGAAAUAAUGAAUCUCCGAUGAUCGUUGUUUUCGUCAAAGUAAUGCAUUAAAGUUGCAUACUAAUCUGUAUAGUCUGUCGCUGAAUUUCUUUAAACUAGUUUACAUUUUGGGGCGGAUUCCUAUUAUAAAGUGCUUAGACAAAAACUCUCAGAAAAUCCCUGUCACCAUCCGUCCGUUAGAUAUUGAAAAACUGUCGUGCGAUAAGGUGCCCCGUUGUGUUAGGCACUACAAUAGUUGCUCAAAAUCGUUAAGGUUUAUAAAAUAAUAAGUAAUUUAAACCAUAAUAGCUAAUUCGUGAUAUGUUCCAAUCCUUCACUUUUUCAUCAGACUUCUACUAGGUUCAUUACGACGAUAAAUGCACAUCUGCUAUUA